AUGAGGACAAGGAUUACAGAUGUCAAAACCUUGCAAGAGUUUGAAAACUCAAGUAGCAAAGAUUAUAAUGAAAAAAGUGUAGUAUUUAGGUUUGAAUAUAGAGAUUAUAAUUCAGCUGAAAGGCAAGUCAAAAAUCAUACAAUAGAAGUUGGAUUUUAA